AAAUAUUUGGAAUUCCCUAAUGUAGUUUUAGUUUCAUUUGUUUCAGAUGAUACCUGUUGCUGCAAAUGAUGUUGCUUUCUCGAUCCAUGCUGUUCUACUGACAGCAAUUACAUUGUUCCAGAUUGCAAUCUAUGAACGUGGGAGUCAGAAAGUGUCCAAGGUUUCUAUUGGAAUUGUCUCUGUUGCAUGGCUUGUUGCAGCAGUUUGUUUCUUUAUUGCUUUGCCGAAUAAUUCCUGGCUUUGGCUUCUCUCCGUCUUCAACACAAUUCAAGUAGUUAUGACUACUAUAAAGUACAUUCCUCAGGCAGUCAUGAACUUCCUGAGAAAAAGUACUGAUGGCUUCAGCAUUGGUAACAUUCUACUUGAUUUUUCUGGAGGAAUAGCAAAUUAUGGACAGAUGGUUGUGCAAUCAACAGAUCAAGAUUCAUGGGUCAACUUCUAUGGGAAUAUAGGAAAAGUGUUGUUAUCACUACAAGGAAAAUGA